UGCAAGGGCAUCGGCUACAACCUCACCUACAUGCCCAACCAGUUCAACCACGACACGCAGGACGAGGCCGGGCUGGAGGUGCACCAGUUCUGGCCGCUGGUGGAGAUCCAGUGCUCCCCGGACCUGCGCUUCUUCCUCUGCAGCAUGUACACCCCCAUCUGCCUGUCCGACUACACGAAGCCGCUGCCCCCCUGCCGCUCCGUCUGCGAGCGGGCCAAGGCCGGCUGCUCGCCCAUCAUGCAGCAAUACGGCUUCGCCUGGCCCGAGAGGAUGAGCUGUGACAACCUGCCGGUGCUGGGGGACUCCGAGGUGCUUUGCAUGGGAUACAACCACACGGAAGCCACCACCCUGCCGCCUUUCUUUGGGAAGCCCACACGCCCUGCCAAGGACAUGGCCAAAAACCUGACGCCACUCGAUGGGCAGCGCCUCUCAGGGCUGGACUGUGGUCAGACUUGCAAGUGCAAAGCGCCCCUGAUCCCCAUCUCCAAGGAGUCCCAUCCGCUGUACAACCGCAUCAGGACCGGGAAGGUACUCAACUGUGCCAUCCCCUGCUACCAGCCCUACUUUACCCAGGAUGAGAAGACCUUCGCUACCUUCUGGAUCGGCCUCUGGUCCAUCCUCUGCUUCCUCUCCACCUCGACCACUGUGGCCACCUUCCUCAUUGACAUGGAGCGCUUCAAGUACCCUGAGCGCCCCAUCAUCUUCCUCUCUGCCUGCUACCUCUUCGUCUCCCUGGGCUACAUCGUGCGCCUGGUGGCAGGGCACGCCAAUGUGGCUUGCAACCCGGAGCACCACCACAUCCAUUACGAGACCACAGGCCCUGCUCUCUGCACUGUGGUUUUCCUUCUCCUCUACUUCUUCGGCAUGGCCAGCUCCAUCUGGUGGGUCAUCCUGUCCCUCACCUGGUUCCUGGCUGCUGGCAUGAAGUGGGGCAACGAGGCCAUCGCCGGCUACGCGCAGUAUUUCCACCUGGCCGCCUGGCUGCUCCCCAGCGUCAAGUCCAUCGCUGUGCUGGCGCUCAGUUCCGUGGACGGGGACCCCGUGGCCGGCAUCUGCUACGUGGGCAACCAGAGCCUGGAGAACCUACGGGGCUUCGUGCUGGCGCCUCUGCUCAUCUACUUGGCCAUCGGCUCCAUGUUCCUGCUCGCCGGCUUCGUCUCGCUCUUCCGUAUCCGCAGCGUCAUCAAGCAGCAGGGUGGCCCCACCAAGACCCACAAGCUGGAGAAGCUGAUGAUCCGCAUCGGCAUCUUCACCGUGCUCUACACCGUGCCUGCCACCAUCGUCAUCGCCUGCUACAUCUACGAGCAGCACAACCGGGAGGCCUGGGAGGAGGCACAGAACUGCUCCUGCCCGGGGGACUCUCACCGCUCCAAGCCUGACUAUGCUGUCUUCAUGCUCAAGUACUUCAUGUGCCUUGUGGUGGGGAUCACCUCCGGCGUUUGGAUCUGGUCUGGCAAGACGCUGGAGUCCUGGAGGCGCUUCAGCACCCGCUGCUGCAGGGCCCGGAAGCCUAGUGUGCACAGCACUGUCCCUUGCCCUGUGCUGAGAUCAGGCCCUGAAGAGGUGCCCUUUGGCACUCCUAAGGCCAAGCAGAUGACAGCUCCUAGCCAAGCAGGAUGCUGCACGCCGGCCCCUUUGGGUGGCCGUGCUUCCAUCUGCGAGGAGCACUUGGGGAGGGACAGCAAGGGGUUAAGGCUGGCUCCGUGGUGA